GGGUACGGGGGUGUUGGGUGCCCGUAUGUUGGGCGCCAUCUUUGAGGCUGGCAGUAGGGGAAAGGCGACGGCCCGAGCGGCGGCCCCAGCGGAGCGGGGAGAUAGAGCGGCGGCCGCGGUCCCUGGGGUUCGGUAAAGUCGCUGCUCGCCGGUAACUAUAGCCGCUCGUAGACCGCAGGGGGCAGGGGAAAGGCCUCUGCCCGGCACGGGUCCCUUCCACUCCCGUCGGGGGAAGCAGGCCGCAUCCCGGCGGGUGCCGGCCGGGCCGCGGCCCCGACCCUGAUCCCUCCCGCGCGAGCGCCCUUCGCCGCCGGGCCUGACCCCCCCGGGCGGUGCGUUGCGGUGGGUUGCGUUUUUCCUCGGCCCCUCUGGAUCUCGUGGGACAAGCAGCUUUUCCCUGCCCCAGCUCAGGCCCCGGCUCCUCUCGGUCCCGCCGUGCGGUGCUCCUCGCCCUGCCCCUCCCCCGCUCGUCGCAGUUUCCCCGCGGCCCCAGAGAGGGCUAGAGUCGUUACGGGGGGGCGUUGAUUAGACUGGAAAUACCACCGCUGGUCCCUUCGGAGUUACAACUUAGUGCCUUCCUUGUGUAGCAGUGCCUCUAGGGUAUGUGCCGUGGUUGAGAAAUCGCUCCUGUUUCCCCCAUAGAGCUUCAGGGUCUGACUAACUGCGUGUACUCGGUUGUCAUCUUAAUUUCUCCUUUAGUUUGCUCAAAACAACACAGUUGGGUGACUUUUGUCUUUGUUUCUUAAGAAUUGGGAUUAGAAGAUGCCUGUUUCCUCUGGUUACGGUGAAGGCACAGGAAUGAUAUGUGAGGUGACAUGGUCGGAACCAUCGCAGGGGUGGGAAUGUUUGGCCCAAUGCUCCUUAGCAGACCUGUGCGCUGAGUCAGCUCUGGGCCUUCCUUGGAAGGUGCAGCACUGUGUGUUAUUUCAUCCUGGAAGAACCCAAGAUAUUAUGAGGAUAGUUGGCUUGGAAGCCCACGUCAGAACCACUGUGCUGUGUCCAUUGGACACAUCUCAGGUUGAGCAGCUGUGAGUUGGGUUUGUUGUCAGAUGGUGGCUGGAAGGUGCCACAGUAGAGAAGUUAGUCUGGGGUAGCGUUCCUUUUGUUCUCCCUUCCCAUCUCAAAUGGCUGUUUCCGUUGGAAAUUGUUUCUUUUUUUGAGAUUACAUACAGUGUUUCAGUGAGGAUGAUGAAUCAUUAUUAACCUCUCAGUAAAUUGCUGCCGGAGCCCUAGCAGUGAUUUCAGAAUUGAAAAAAGACAAGUGUGCUCCCUCCCCUGAGAGCAUUAGCAACUUCAUAGUACCCUUCAUCUGGAAGAGGUUCCCGGUGUUUAGUCAGGCACUAAGGAGCAAGGAAACAGAGAGUCACUCAGUGUCAGUGUAGGGGAAAAAAAAGGAGUUAAGGAUUAAGAGAGAGGAAUUCCACUGAAAAUUGGUACUCCCUGAAAAUCUGUUCAGGACUGGGACUUGCAGGUCCUGCCGCUACGUGGUACGCUGUGCUCAUGCUUUGUGCUGCUCUGCAAGAUGGGGGCACAGCUUUGUUAAAUGGGCUGUGUUACCUCUCGCAUUGUUGCCUGGAAGAAGGGAGUGGACUCCAAAGUGUGAGCCCAUAGCGUCUGCAGAAGACUGAGGGAGUUUUCUUCAUGAAAGCAAUACUUUAGAAGUGCGUUCAUUUCAGAAAUGUGGACAAAUGCUUCUAUUGUCUCAACCUUCUCUCUUGGCCCUCAGCACAAUGGUGCGCUGCUAGAUGCCAAGUGUUGUGCUUUAGCUCUGUUGUAGGUUGGGUGGCAGCAGAGACUUUCCAAGUGAGAUACUUCAUGCUGUGGAUAAACAACAACAGCAAAUACAGCUGGGUAAAUGUGAUUGUCUUCCUCUGGCAUAUUAGUUGAAACACAAAAAAAUCCUCUUCCCUUCUUGCUGUUCUCCACAAGACAAAGGCAGGUCAGCAAACUGGAAAGUGAGAGCAGAGAAUAGAUGGUGUUGCUUGGUGCUCAGGUAGGCAAGCUGCAAAAGAAAUGGGAUGCUUCCUUUGUGCUGUCUUCUGGCAAGUGUUGGGCUCAUGGCAGCACUGGUGUGUGUGCACUGAGACCCCAGCUGCUGUGACCUCAGCGUAGCUGGAAUUCUUUUGCCCAGAACAAGCUUGAAAUCUCUUGAUCCAAAAACUUAACUGGCAUUCAGGAGGAGAAAGGAAGUCUUUAAAAAUGUGAAGCAAACUGCUAAGAGAUGUGCUGAGUGCUCCAGAGUUACUCACUGUGCGCAGCUCUCAGGGCUGUGUGCUUGGUUUCUGGUUAGCAUUUGGGCUGCUGUGCUAACAGAUGUGUCUGGGGUUAUCUUGUUUUAAAAUGGAAGGGCUCGUAAGGAGCAGAGGGAUGUGAGGUAUUUCUAGUCCGCUUCAUGCUCCCGUGUGAGGAAACAGAAGUGCUGAGCUGUGUGCGUGUUCCAUGGUGCAGAGUCCAGUGACAGUUGGUGCCCGGCGUCUGUGCAGGGCAGCACCGAGGUUGUUAGAAGCAUAGGAAUCUGCCAGAGAGGAAUCUGUUGUGAAGGUACUAAAGGUAAAAAGGCAGCAUUUCUAUCAGUAUUGGAGGAGGGAAGGAAACUUUGUCCUUAAGUGCUGUUUUUGUUCCCAUUGUCAUGCAGUCAAUCCAGCAACUAACUUGAGAACUCGACUUCUCUCUUUAUUUUAGAUUUGGGGAAAUUCCCUGAAAAAAAAAAAAAAAUUCCUCGAAAAUUCACUAGUGUCUGUGUGAGUAAAAGGUUCCAACCUUUAUUGACUAUCGGAAAUGCUUAGCUCAGAAAUGUGCAGCACUUUAAUGAAAGAGUUCUGAAUCACUUGAAUUUGAUCUUCUGUCUGGCCUGGUUGCAGGUUUUACUGCAUUUGGUACCUUAAAAAAUACAACAACAAAACAAAUCUAAAAUAUCAAAAUAUUUGAUUUUUACAUCAGAAAACCAACAAACAAACAAAACAAGCAAACAAACAAAAGAAAACCCUUGUUGUGGCUGAGCAGAACGUGCUGCAGCUCCAUGCAGUGCUGAGUUGACCUGAGCAGCAGCAAUGGGGAGCAGUGGCUGCAGUCGGGGAGCAGUGCGUGCUGGCAAACCUGUAGCAUUGCUACAGUCUGAGAAGAGAACCAAUUCCUUACAAACCCAAAACCAAUUGGAGAUGCUUGGUAUCGUGCAGCCAUGCCAUUUGCACAGUGAGCCUUCCCCGCCUCGCCGCUUGCUGUUCCUUCAGCCUGCUGUCUGCUGCUCGCUGCUUGUGGCCCCCACGUGUCUGCACGGGGCCAGAGGCUGCUCCCAGGAUGGAGCAUACAGUGCAAACCCCUGUGUGCAUAGACACCUUGAUACCUUGUGCAUGCGUGUGUGUGUUUGUGUGCUCUCCCCAACGCUGCCCCAUUGCACAACAUCAGUCCCAAAGGCAUUUCCUGGUGCAGCUCCUCAGUUGAUGGCUGUUUCCCUCCAGAUGAGAGGAGCAAACAGCACCAGCCCCCCACUGUUCCUUCUGCUCUUGCUGAGCUCACUAUUGCUCACACUUGAUGUGUAUACAGGCACAUGUGUGUGGAUUUGUGUAUUGAUACGCACUGGCAUGCUUUUGCUGUACAGGUAAUAAAGACGGAGGAUGGUUUUUGUGGAUUCUUCAAAGGUGAAGAAUCCUUGAAGACCAGAAAUUCCAACUUACAGAAUUUGACAUUUUAAAAAUAAGAUAUAAUUUAGACCAAAACUAAAUUGUCCGGCUGUGGAAGACGGAGCCUCAUUUUUGCAGCCGUUUUGAGUCUCGAUUUUGCCUUUUAGUGCACUGGGUUUUUUCUUUUCUUUUUUUUGUGGUUUUUUUUUUUUUUUCCCUGUUUUUUUGCCUCCUCGAAGAGCUCACUAAUCCUGGCUGCGUCCGCUCUGAGAGCGUUCCGAUGGACUUGCUUCCUCCAUUAGUUGUAAGAUGUUUAAGAGCACAGCCCGUGUUUGACUUGUGGAUGAGAGGUUCCCUUGGCAAAGUGAGGAGGAAAAUUCUUCCUAACCUGUUAUAAUUAAUUAAUUCACGGAUUCAGUGUUGGUUCGGCCUACAGGAGAAGUGAACUGCAAAGCUUUGAAGAUCACUGUAUUUGCUGAGGUUGUCCAGGGUUCCUUUUCAAAAGAAGAUUUCACUGAUCAAGACUGUAGAAGACUUUCAGUCCAAGGAAGCACGAGCCAGCUCUUUGAGAAGCACAGGAAGAGCUGCACAGAGAUCCCCGAGACCAGAACUGCUUCUGUGCGCUCGUCCAGCAUGUCGAUUAAAGGAAAUGAUUGCUAUUUCUACUUCUAUUCCACUUGUAAAAAGGGAGACAACUGUCCCUUCAGGCACUGUGAAGCCGCUUUGGGCAAUGAAACCAUCUGCACGCUGUGGAAGGAGGGCCGCUGCUUCAGGAAUGUCUGCAGGUUCAGGCACAUGGAGAUCAGUAAAAAACGCAGCAUGAUUUCCUGCUACUGGGAGAACCAGCCAGGAGGCUGCCAGAAAUCCAACUGUGCCUUCCAUCACACCAAGGGACGUUACCUCAAUGGGGUUUUCUUUCCACCAAGCCAAACUACGCUGCCAAGUCCACCAGAGUCUGCAGGUGACGAUCCGAAUGCAGCUCAGAUAACAGUGCAGCAGAGCAAGCUUUCCGUGCAGUCCGAUCCCUCUCCACAGUUGAUGGAAGUGAUGCAAAUGGAAAACAAAGAGAGUGUCCCAAGCUCUACACAUCCUCCCGUUUUAAUCAAAGCUGCAGAUGAUGACAAAGGUGAUGAUGACCAGCUUUCUAAGGAGGGAGAAGAAACAAAAACACCUGUCCAGCAACCAGCUGAAGAAAACCAUCUUGGAUUGCAGAUAAUUUCCACUACAAAAUCUGAUGCUGAUACAAAACAAGAUGACAGUUUGAAUGCUGGAAUAAAAACACUUGGAUCAGAAGGACCUUCAGGAGCUCCUGCUCAUCGGCUCAAAUCUCAGAUUGUUCGUGUGCCUAAGAAGGAGAAUGUGCGGACACUGGUCAGCACUGUGAUGCUGCCUGCAAAGCAGGGGGAGGUGCCUGUGAUUCGACUGAAUAUUGCUGAUAAACCUGGAAAACAGGAAUCCUCUGUAGCUGAUGUCAGUGGCCUUCCGCUGAAGCGCAGCCUCGUAGAAAGGCUGGGGAAGAAGAUCGAGGUUGACAGAGCACCAAGGAGAGAGAAGGGUGCCAAGCCAGCAGGGGAGAUCCAUGUCAAGACUCUGGAAGAGAUCCGUCUUGAAAGAGCGAAUCAGCGAGGAGAAACCCCAGCUGCCCCCCAGGCAGAAGGGUGCUGUAAGGUGGAGGAUCCCAGCUCCGGGGUGAGGCCUUCCCCUGCAGUUCACAUCAAAACCUUCUCGGAAGCCCUGGCUGAAAGGAAACACAAACGACUGGAAGAAGAGAAGCAAAAAGUAGAAGAGGUUCUUACUGAGAAGAGAUCUAAGGAUAAGCGCAAGAAGAAGAGAAUUUUCCCUCCACCUGAGCCUGGUAACGUGAAACUGGAAGAGCCACCGCGUAAAAUCAAGCGAUUGGAAGAAAUGCAUAUUAAAAGCUUGGAAGAAAUCAAGCAGGAGAAAGCCCUGCGGAUGCAGCAGAGCGGGGAAAGCGUGCCAGCAGCAGCAGCCCAGCCUGGGCCUGCCCCAGAAGGGAGGAAGUUGCAGCAGAUCGCAAAGCCAGCAGCACCUGGAAGAGAAGAGAUUACACUGCUGCUCCAGCCCUGCCAGAGGUCAGCUGCUCACAAGGCUGUAGAAGAAGAUGACUUUGAAAAGUUCAUCUCAGAAAUCUUAGCAGGGGAACUGGAAGCCAAGUGCAACGUGUACUGCUGCUCCAGCCCUGCGCGAGGUCAGCUGCUCACCAAGGCUGUAGAAGAAGAUGACCUCGAAAAGUCAUCUUCGGAAUUCUUAGAGGAAAUGGAAGGACAAUAUGACUUGGAGCUGGAGAAGGACGUGGAUGAACUCCAUCUUGAACUUUCUGAGAUGAUUGAUAGGGAGGUGCCUGUGAGUCAACCGAAUACUGCUGAUAAACCUGGAAAACGGAAAUCCUCUGUAGCUGAUGUCAGUGGCCUUCCGCUGAAACGCAGCCUCGCAGAAAGGCUGGGGAAGAAGAUCAAGAUUGACAGAGCACCAAGGAGAGAGAAGGGUGCCAAGCCAGCAGGGGAGAUCCAUGUCAAGACUCUGGAAGAGAUCGUCUUGAAAGAGCGAAUCAGCGAGGAAACCCCAGCUGCCCCCCAAGGCAGAAGGUGCUGUAAGCCCUGGGAUCAGAGUACACCAAAUUCUAGAGCUCAAGCAAAGAGCCUUGAGGGGGCAAUAAAGGAGAAGCUGCAGCUGAGACAACCAAAGAAGCUGAAGAAGGAAGUGGCUGCUGUGCCGGCUGCUGCUAAAGAAACAGUCAAAGCCAAGGGCAAGGUGUGUGUGAAGCCCUCGGAUGGGAAAGCCAGCACCCCCACGAAGCGAGCAAGGAAGCGGAAGGCUGCUGAGAUCUCUCCCUCUGCUGUGGCAGCUGUGAAGCCUCUGAGUAGCACUGAAGAAGAGGAGCCUCCAGCUAAAAAAGCAGCUUUGACUGCUGGUCCAGCCCUGCCGGAGGUCAGCCUGCUCACCAAGCCUGGCGUAGAGAAACCCCCCAGCAGCCUUGAAUUGCAACUGGGAAGCCAAGCAGACUCUGUGGAGCAGUCAGAGGACUCGAGUUCAGCUUCAGCUUCUUCCCAGUCAGUGGCCAAGGCGCAGCAGCUGAGCUCCACUGGGGCUGGGAAGACCCCCUUAUCUGUAGAAGAUGACACUGAAAAGUUCAUCUCGGAAAUCUCAGGAGGGGAAAUGGAAGCAGAAAUUGACUUGGACCUGGAGAAGGAUGAGGAUGAUUUCCUUCGUGAACUUUCUGAGAUGACUGACUGUUGAACUGCAUAGUAGUUAUUAUAGUAUGUUAAAAAAAAACAACAACAACAAAAAAAACCCUUUAAUUUAAUAAAAACCUUUUCUUUUUGGUUGGAUACCCCAGGGUGAUACUUUACUAAAGGAGGCUUCACAAUGAGUCUUAAAGCACAGCUGAACUGGUAAAAGAUUGGCAGACUGCAUUCCAUUGUCCUGAGUUUUCCUGCUGGUCAGAGUUGAGGCCCUGUGCAUCCAUUCCCUGAUCCUGGUUGGCUCCUUUCAGCAGCAAGAGGACAAAGCAGUUCUGUGACAGCCCAGAAGGACGUCCAUCUGUGUGCUGCAGUGCCUGGCAAUUGAUCUCCUGAUUCAGUGACGCUCUGAAGGCUUCAACCUCAAGCUCCUUCCUUCCUCCUCCCUUGGCCAUGCUCAGCGUUGGGUGCAGCUGGAAGCUUCUUCGGUGCUCCCAUUUCUCGGGCAGUCCCCAUGUCUAGCCUGGAGUUCUGCCAGCUCUUGAGUUUUUUUGGUGUAUGCUUUUGUUUAUGACUUGAAUCCUUUAAGGCAACUUAAUGACAAUGUGGGGGUGGGAGGGAGCAGAAUUAUUCUGGUGUUUUGGACCAAAUGUGCCACCAAGGAUGGGGGGUGCUCCCUGCCUUCCAGUUAUCAGCAGUGAUGCAGCAGCAGUGUGAGAAGCGGGAGCUGCACGCCGCAGCUGCGUUAUUCCCCCCUUUCCCUUUUUCUGGACUUCCAGUGCUGUUUGCUGGCAGAGCGCGAUGCUGUGCCAAGCAGCUGCGUUCCUCUUGUCUGCAGCAGCAGGUGGGGCUGUUGGGGAUCGGCUGUGGCUCCUAUUGGCUCCCAGAACUGCUCUGUGCUGAAGCUGCUGUAGCAACACGGCGAUGCAUGAGGGCAGCAGGGAGCAGUGAGCAACUGCAACCCUGUAGGGCCUUUUGGGCCAGCUGUGCUGCGUGCCCUGCCUCUGCCCAUUGCUUUCUCUAGCAGGUAUCUUUGCAAUUGUUUUCUUUACUUGUAGCAGAACUUUAGGCUUUUCCUACUGUGACGUGUGAUGCCAUUAAGGGGCUCUCAGGCAGUCACUGCCGUCAGCGGAGUUAUCAGUCAUUGAGUUGAUUGUAAAUACUUUCUUUCUGGAAGCCAACACGUGUGCGCUUCGCUUGUCUCAGUUCAGAGUGCAGCCAUCCCAGCCCUGCUGUGGGCACAGUGCAGCCCUGGCCCUGCUGGAGGACGCCGUGGUGACUCUGUGCUUCAGCAGGGUAUUGAGUGGUUUUCUGCUGACUCUGGGUGGGACUGUGCCCAUGUCGUGUCUGCCACUGUUACUGUAAAUAUUUUAUCUUUUCCUUUUGUAUUUGCCUUCUAUUUAAGAUAUUGUAUGAACGUAGUCAGGCUCCUCUGUUUAUGCCGGCGGCUCUCAGCUGUGUUUUUAAAUAAACCUGGCACAGGACAGCA